AUGUUUCACACAUCAAAUAAUGAAGCCGAGAAGACCGUUGCGCUGGGUCAGUUGCAUCGGCAAAGCAAUCUGCCCAGUCCGGUGCUUGAUCUGCCAGCCUGCCCCACCGACUUGAUGGGGGAGUUGACCAACGGCCAAAACGAGAAGCAUGAGCAGGAUCAGAUCGACCAAUGGCUGGCUUCAUGUAGCCUGUUAUCGCCCAAUGGCACAAUCGAUAUGGGCAGCCUGAAGACAGGGGACUUCACUUGGCAAGAGCUGAGCAAAGACAUGUCAUAUUUUGACAAUGUGGAUGACAGUGGAGAUGAUGGAGCGAGCUCUCAAGAGACUCAACUCGAGGACUUCGACAUGAAUGAUCCCGCAGAAACCAUCGACGAUUCAUCAUCAACCCCAUGCCUAUCAUCCUCAAGUCUAGACAUGCUACUGGACGAGAACUUCCCCACAAAUACAAGCGCUCCCCUGCCGGAUCCCCCGUCGAACAAAACCCAACAACCAAGCCGCAAACAGACCCCAGUAGCAUACAAGAUGUCUGCGCCGGCACCAAGCCCACUUACGGCGCUACUGGAGACGGCCGAAAACACCUACAAGAAGAAGAGCGAGUGCCGCUGCCUCCGGCUAGCUGCCCACCUCCUCGAGCAACUUGGCAACGAGGGGGCAAAUACGGAACAGCCGACGAUGGACGGCUUGCUCAAUUGCUGUCGAGAGGCCAUCAAGGGCUGCGAUUCAAUCCUCAGCUGCACAUUAUGCAAGUCUCGGUCCGAAAGCAUGAUGCUUCUCGCCAUGGCGGGACAGUAUCUCAGCAACAUUUGCGAAAAGACGGUGCGGUGCUACGUGGACGUCGUCCAGCAGCCCCGGCCGGCGAAUCCCCCGGACGGAGCCGUUGCCAUGUGGUUCCGCUCCUACAAGAUCGAGAGCGCAUCGGAACGCAACCAGGUUCUCAGAUGCCUCGUUACAGGACAGUUGACAGAGUUUUGCCUACUGAUCAGCAAGAUUAAAGCGCGGGUGGGCACGAGAAAGGCACACCUGGCGCCACUGCUGGGAGCAGAGCGGAAGAUACAGUGCAUGCGAACCAUGUUGAUGCAGUGUGAAAGUUAUGGAGGAUCUAGAAGUAACAGUAGCGACUCGCCGUCACUAGCAUAG